AUGGUCACCUCCAACAACCUCUGCCUCAAGCACGUCGGUGUGGCCUUCUACAACGUGGGGCGCUCCCUCACCACCGUCUUCAACGUGCUGCUCUCCUACCUAGUGUCCCGCAGCGUCCUGCCCCUCUCCAUCGUCUUCAUCGGUAUGGUCACCUCCAACAACCUCUGCCUCAAGCACGUCGGUGUGGCCUUCUACAACGUGGGGCGCUCCCUCACCACCGUCUUCAACGUGCUGCUCUCCUACCUGCUCCUCAAGCAGACCACCUCCCUCUACGCCCUCCUGGCCUGCGGAGUCAUCAUAGGUGGCUUCUGGCUGGGUGUUGACCAGGAAGGAGCAGAGGGCACUCUGUCGUGGACAGGUAUAUUCUUUGGGAUCUUAGCAAGCCUCUGUGUCUCGCUCAAUGCCAUCUACACCAAGAAGGUGCUGCCUGUGGUGGAUGGUAGCAUCUGGCGCCUGACCUUCUACAACAACGUCAACGCUUGUGUCCUGUUCUUCCCCCUCAUGAUGCUGCUGGGCGAGUUCCGCACCCUCUACCACUUCGACAAGCUGGGGAGCCCCAGUUUUUGGGGCAUGAUGAUCCUGGGGGGAGUGUUUGGCUUUGCCAUUGGUUAUGUGACCGGACUUCAGAUUAAGUUCACUAGCCCACUCACCCACAACGUGUCUGGGACAGCCAAGGCCUGUGCCCAGACAGUGCUGGCUGUUGUCUACUUUGAGGAGACAAAGAGCUUCUUGUGGUGGACGAGUAACUUGAUGGUUCUGGGAGGCUCCUUCGCGUACACAUGGGUGAAAGGGCUGGAGAUGAGAAAGGUGCAAGAGGAUCCUACUAUCAAAAGCAGCGAAAGAAAUGAGACUGGUGUGUAGGUGGCUCCUGCACCUCUGUUUCUGUGCCUGGAGCGUUCACCUUUGGUGCUCCUUUCCUCCUGGGGAGAAGAAGAGCAAGGAGCAGGAAGAAACUCCCUUGCAAAGUGUAUGGGGAACUGUGCCAGGAACCAGAGCCAAAGACCAGACUGGAUCGUGUUUUAUCCACGGGAUCUCGCCCUGUAUCGGAGUUGGGAAGAGCAUGUGUUGUAGAGAGCAAUCAGUUUUUUGUGAUUGUUUUUUUAAAAUGGAUGUUGCUGUUGAC